CUCACUACAGCUUUAUAAAGGAAAUCCUCCAACAUCGUGUACCUUGUCUCGUUUUAUUUUUCCUUUCUCAAGAGGGACUACUGAGGCUUUGCAGCAUUGCUUAAGUUGCUUAGCAAUCAUCUACAGUAUAAUGGCUCUGGCUCCUCUGAUUCUCCUGGCAGGACUUGUGCUCCUCGGCCAUGCUCGUGAUGACUGCCUUCAAGCUACAAAUGUUGCCCUGCGAGGUAAGGCAACCCUAUCCCAACUGCACGUAGGGGUAUUGGGAGCCAUGUCUACAGCGGUCAAUGCCAUUGAUGGAAACCGUGACUCUGACUAUAAUCACGGCUCCUGUGCUUGCACAAAUGUUCACAACACUCCCUGGUGGCGUGUAGACCUGUUAGCAAAUCAUAAAAUCAACAUGGUGGUCAUCACCAAUCGAGGUGACUGCUGUCCUGAACGGAUCGAUGGAGCGGAGAUCCGCAUUGGUAACUCCCUGGAGAAUGAAGGCAACAACAAUGCCAGAUGUGCGACUAUCACUUCCAUUCCAUCAGGGGUUUCAACAAGCUAUAACUGCCAUGGGAUGGAAGGGCGCUAUGUCAACGUGGUCAUUCCUGGAAAAACCCAGUACCUAACGCUCUGUGAGGUGGAAGUCUAUGGCAUUCCAGUAGAUCAGCACUGUUAUAGGAUUUUUUCAGAAAAACAGUACUAUCUUCAGUUACACAUUGCAUCACUCAUAUCUUGCCCAAGAAUAUCGAUUGCAGCUGGCAGAACUGGACAGCAUUACGUUAAACUGCCCUUAAAGAUGGCUCUGACUCCAGUGCUUGUAAUGGCCGGACUUCUACUCUUGUGUGGUGCUGAAGACAACUGCCCACAAAUUGAAAAUGUGGCUUUGAGAGGCAAGGCCACCCAGUCACAGAUAUUAUCCGGCCAGUUUGGUUUCCUUGGUGAUCCUGGGAAUGCAAUUGACGGAAACCGUAACUCCCACUGCUAUCAAGGGUCCUGCAGCCAUACAGAAUCUCACAACUCCCCCUGGUGGCGGUUAGACCUGCUGGAGAAACACAAAAUCCAUCAGGUGGUCAUCACCAACCGUGGUGACUGCUGUCCUGAAAGGAUUAAUGGAGCUGAGAUUCGCAUUGGUGACUCUUUAGAGAAUGAGGGCAACAACAACCCAAGGUGUGCGACUAUAACGUCUAUUCCAGGUGGCAUUUCAAGCAGCUACAACUGUAAUGGGAUGGAGGGCCGAUAUGUCAAUGUGGUGAUACCAGAAAAAAAAGAAUACCUAACUUUGUGUGAAGUGGAGGUCUAUGCUGUUCCUGUGAAGAACCGCUGCUCAUCAUAUACUUAAAAAUAUGAAAUAAGCAGCUAAAGGCAAAGGUCAUGGAAUCAGAGGCCACUGGCAUUAAUAAGAAAAAUUCCAGUUCAUUAUUCCCACUACUCUAAUCUAAUCGGAUAUAAUGACAGUGGACAGCCACUAGAGGGAAACUGUAAUAAUACACAAUAUUGCUAAGGAACCCAACUCACCACUAACAGAGGUGAGUACACUGUGUAUGACAUGAAUAUCUACUCCUUGUCUCUUUACUUUAAUUCUCUGUUUCCAAUCUUCAUUUUUAAUUAAUGAUACCUUGCAUUUGAAAUUAAAUAAACAUUUGCAAAUUCA